GCAAACUGCAUUUAGUUCAGUGGGACUCUUUGCCACUUUUUACAGAACGACAUUUGCAAAAUUUCGUAAGAUAAAGAGCUGUGUUCCUUUAAUCACACAAAAUAUGCUUUCAAAGCGUUUUCAUCUGGUGUGAAUCUCGUAUUUAAAUCCGUAUUCAGUGUUUUUCCACAAUAAAAUUUCCGUCGACAGUAUUUCCGGUUCCGCCCAACCGUUGCUACUGAAGUUACCAUCAUUAGCAAAUGGGCAGCGCCCGGGUUCAACCUAUCGCUGCUGCGGACGAUGACCCACCGGUAACUUCCUCUAACUUUACCAAAAAAAAGCAGAUCUACUGCUGAGAAACUGGAAUGGAUGGCUGUGGUCCACGUGUAGAGUAACGCCAAGCGGCAGGGCCAUGUUGCCAGGAGUUGGUGUUUUUGGCACCGGGAGCACAGCCCGAGUGCUGGUCCCGCUGCUGCAAGCCGAGGGCUUUGAAGUCCAUGCGCUUUGGGGACGAAGCGAAGAGGAAGCUUGCUGCUUGGCAAAGGAACUCGACAUCCCGUUUCACACCAGCCGAUCCGACGACGUCCUCCUGCACCAAGACGUCGAUCUGGUGUGCAUCUAUAUUCCCCCCUCAAUGACAAGACAAAUUGCAGUCAAAGCACUGGGUAUUGGUAAGAAUGUCGUGUGUGAGAAAGCUGCAACCGCUGUUGACUCUUUCAAGAUGGUGACUGCAGCCAGAUACUACCCUCAGCUGCUGAGCAUGAUGGGUAACACCCUGCGCUUCCUGCCGGCCUUUGCGGCGAUGCGACGGCUGCUGCUGGAGGGCUACGUCGGGGACAUGCAGGUGUGUGACGUGCGGGUCUACGGCCCGAGCCUCCUGGACCAGUCGUACGGCUGGACCUGCGAGGAGCUGAUGGGCGGCGGCGGGUUGCACAUCGUGGGCUCGGCCAUCAUCGACCUGCUGAGUUACCUCACGGGAACCAGAGCUCACCGCGUGCACGGCUUACUGCGGACCUUUGUGCAACAGAACAACCUGAUCCGAGGCAUCCGCCGCGUCACCAGCGACGACUUUUGUUUCUUCCAAAUGUUGAUGGGUGGGACCGGAUCCUCGGGCGUGUGCUGCACCGUGACCUUGAACUUCAACCUGCCGGGGUCGUUCGUGCACGAGGUUAUGAUUGUCGGAUCUGCUGGCAGGCUGGUCGCCAGGGGAACCGAGCUGUACGGCCAACGCAACGGGAGCGAUCGCGAAGAGCUGCUGCUGGCUGACGGCGGUGGCGUCGGACCGGAGGCGAAAGAAAUGCCCCGCCCUCACCUGCAGGGGCUGAGCUCCAUGGUGAAGGCGCUGAGACAGUCCUUCCAGGCUCACGAGGAGCGGCGAUCAUGGUCACCAGGUCCGGUUGCCUCGGCGCCAACCUUCGAAGACGGCCUGUACGUGCAGACGGUGGUAGAGGCGGUGAAACAGUCCAGCAGCAGUGGGGAGUGGGUCUGCGUGGAGAUCAUGAGUCAGGAGCCGGACCCCAACCACAACCUGUGCGAGGCGCUGCAGAGAAACAAAAACUGAACCGAAACAUUCACUGAGUGCAAAAACUACCUGCGUGACAGAACGGGACUCUGAACGUCUCUUUGUGAUGCAGCUGCUUUGGCCGUUUACAUCACACAUUCUCACACACACACACACAACUGCUUUCUUCCACUUGUUCACUUCCUCUCAGGUUUUGCAGAUUAAUAUUUAGCCGACACAGACACAGCUGCAUUGUGCGCCUGGAGGAAGGAGAGCACUCCAUUAGUACUCCAUUAGUAAACCACAGCCUUAUUAUUUGGGUUCGGACCAGUAGAAAUACAGACAGCCUUGUGACACACAUGUGCCAAUAAUCCCGUAGAUGCUGUAUUCAUCUGGCUCAUUUUGAAGUUGAGAAGUAGGGAAUGUAUUUUUGUCGGUUUGUAAACGCGUUUGUGUCAGUAAGGCACAACAACUGCAUUUAAUACUUGGUUUUUGCACGUGACAGAAUAAUCUAUGUGCUUAAUUUGUGCAACAAAGUCUGUAGCAAAAUAUUUUCCCUCAAGUUUUGCAUUUACAUUAAGACAAGUUGAACCGUUUUGUACUUAAAAUCAAAAUUAUUGUUUGACUAAGUAUUGGUUAUAUCACUACUAAUUCAUCCGAGUUUACUUUAGGUUUAAAUAUGAAGCAAGAGAAUAAUUUGACUAACAAGGUGCUUUUCAUAAUUUACCUCUGAUAGUUAAAUAAGAUCAGAACAGAAAUAAUAAUGCUGUGGGGCGUUUACAUUUAGUUUUGUUUUAUUUUAGCUCUAAUUUUGGUUAAAGUGACUAAUGUAGCAACAAAUACUGAUAAAAUUGCAAAUAACUUCACAAUUUUGAACAUUUUAAAUGUAACAAAGCUAUAAACAUAAUAAUUCACUAACAUUUUAAGGAAGUAUUUGAACAAAUAACCUUUCGCCAAUACUGUGAAAAGAAAUAUUCCUCCAAAUAUUAAAUCAAAAAUUCAAAUAUAUAAGAAAAUGAAAUGGAGAUUAUAUAAGAAAGUUUUAAAAUUAUCUCUCAUUACAUAGAAAGCGCAGCCCAACGCCUUUCCUUAAUCAAUACUUAAAUAUAAAAGUCUAAAAAUACUUGAUGAGCAGAACACCAAAGUUUCAAAUAAUCUGAUAUAUAGUUUUGUUAUUAAAUUACAUCAGCUGCAAAUAUUAUUAUAUUUCAGUGCAAUAAUCCAUUAUGUUAUUGGCAAAAUGUUUGUUAUUGACAAAAACUUUAGGAUACUAUUGACUUAUUGUUGUUGGCUUUCUUACAUUAAAAAUGGUCAAAAUUAUUCACAUUAUUGAUUGCUACAAGUAACCUAACCAGAUAAAGAAAUAAUAGUAGGUUGUUUUUCUUUCUGUUACAACACGCUGUGGUAAAUAUACCAGGGACUGAGUGAAAUAAGCUACAUAGAGAACAUAAAUAUCUCGUUUGAAGCAACGGCCCCCUGAAAGCGACCGGGUAAGUUUGAAUGUUUGUUUUUGAGCGGCUCGCUGUAAAUAAGCCAGAGGUUUGGUUUCACGUGCUGCAUUUCCAUUAUUUUAAAAGAAAUGUCCUACAUUUAGAUGAAAAUUAUAGUUAUUGUUGUAAGACGGAUGAAAUGUUUUUUUUUAAUCGUUUGGAUUUUCUUAAAUAAGUCUUGAUGACAUCGUGAAAAAUCUGCCUGCAAUCUUUUUAUCUAUCAAAACUGAAGCCAUAACAUUUACCUGUUAGGUUUACCUGGAGAUUUAAACAUUUUUUAAAGAUACAAACUUAAGUUUACACUUUUUUUUUUUUUUUUUACAAAAAAAAAUAAAGUUUACGAUUCUAAAUUAAAACGUAGUCCGGUGCGAGUGGGUCCAAUCCGCCACAUAGCAGCUGCCUUUUUAUUACAGUCAAAUCUCCAGUUAAAUGGGAAUCAGGGGAAGUUAAAGAAUAUUUUAUGUUAUUUAAUCUGUCCAAUUUUUUUUAUUGGCUAAUGUAGAUUUUAAUAUAUUUGUUACAUCUCAUUUGUCAGCAGGGCUGUAGUUUACAUUAAUUUCUGUAGAAAAUGUUUCUGCUGAAUUAUCACUGCUAAAAUGCAUUCCAGCUCAUUUUUUUUAUCACCUUAUCAGCAACUUUUUUUGUCUUCACACUGAUAAAAUGCCACCUGUCUACUAAACGAUUUAGUGUUGCACAAGCCAGCUUGCUGCAAAUGUGACUUCAACAUUUCUAAUAAACUUUUGUAUUUAUUUAUUAUUCCCUGUAGAAAGUUUGACAUGUUUGUCCAUUGUCUUUCAGCCUGUGAAUUUCUGUUUUGAUGCUGUAAUAUUUAUAUAUCUUUUUUUUUCUUAUUUUUUUUUUUAUUUUUAGAUUUAGUCUUGUUUUAACUAAUAUGACAUUUUGGGCACUAAUUUGCUGCUUCAGAGUUGAUAAACUGUACUGUUAAUCUGUAUGACAGAUAUUUUUCUUUUAAUAAAUAUAAUUGUAUUAAUUUAAAGGCCAUUUUCCGACCUGAGUGUGUCAUUUCUCUUGUUUAUAACAACACAAAUUAAAACAGGUUGUAGUAUCUUGAGAGUUUUAGCUUGGUGAUAAAUAAAUCAUCCAUUCAAUGUAUUUUCUUUCCUGUUUUUGGUUUGUUCGAUAGGAAUGUUUCUCAUUCUGCCUUUUUCUAUCAGGACUUCAUAAAAUGACGUGUCAACUUAUAAUAGUUUUUGUAUAGAAAAAAAUAUUUCUGGAAUGUAAUAUAAAAGAAAAUGUAAAGUAUAGUAAUUUCUGUCAUAAAGCUUUUUUGACAAAA